AGGGAGCGGGACGGAGGGUACAGUGCCGCGAUGUGGGACAGUUGUGAUGAGAGCGAGUGCGGGGAGUUCGAUUCGACGAGGACGACGACUAAUCGCGCGCGGCCAGAGAUGUUCGAGCCCACGGAGCAGGGAAAGGAUCUCUGCAUCCACACGGGCGUUGUACUUCGUGGAGCGAGUGCCAGGGAAGACGAGGUCCACAGUUCAGGGACGCUUAAUAUCGUGGAAUACAGUUUCGGCAAGUGCAUAGAAUGGAAGCCCGUGGAAGACUCCGUGGUGUCGGAGUGUCAAGAUCAAGAUCCAGAAUGGUCCUUGGUGGAUACGCACACGAGGAGGACUCGCACAAACUCGGAGGGUCCAGACUCCCUUGGACGUACGAGAACCGUUAAAAUACUGUUCUCCGACUUGAAGUCAUUUCGCGUGAAUCACGGCGGGCAGCAGCUCAUAUUCAUGCAGAGGGAUGGUACCACCUACGUUGCCUUCUUUCAGCUGGCCAACGCUGAAAGCUUUGUCAAUUCGCUGAAGGGAUUUAUCAAAUUUGUAAAAUCACGUUCGGACAGGAAUUUAUACCUGGUGCUGGAUGAGGUUGAGACCGUAUUGAAGAAAUCCUUCGCCGAGUUGGAUCUGUUUCAAGAGAACACGUCUGAUUACGUGUGGAAGUUUGUGAAAAACUUACACAAUCGUCCCUACGAGACAACAAUGGAGGCAUUCAGCAAGCUCGCGGACAUCUGGUUGUAUAAAGAGCCAGUUAAGAGACCCGUUGAAGAAGCAGUUGCCGAUUUAUUAAAUCAGUCUCUCACAAUCGAUCCUCAUCCGCGUGUAUCUGUAUCUAUAGGAUCCGGAGAAGAGUACGAAGUGAUCGGAGUUGGAGUGGACCUACCUCCACGACCACCAUGUCCGCGCGGUGCGCCGUUGACACAAGAGCAGUGGGAGAAAUGUAAAGAUCGAGAAGGAAGAAUCGCUAAUCCCGAGGCUGUCAAAGAAAUUAUCUUUCGAGGGGGUAUUAAUCCAUCGUUGCGUUUUGAAGUAUGGAAAUUUUUAUUGAAUUAUUACCCGUGGAAGUCGACACAUAAUGAAAGAUUAGAACUUAAGAGGAAAAAGACUGACGAGUAUUUCACAAUGAAAUUGCAAUGGCGUACUUUCACAACUGCGCAAGAGAGUCGGUUUUCCGAUUAUAGGGAACGAAAAAGUUUGAUAGAAAAGGAUGUCAACAGGACAGACAGAACACAUCCUUAUUAUGCAGGAGAUAAGAAUCCACACUUGGAGCAAUUAUACGACAUACUCAUGACCUACGUAAUGUACAAUUUCGAUUUAGGAUACGUUCAGGGUAUGAGCGAUCUUCUUAGUCCCAUCUUGUUUCUAAUGGACAAUGAGGUAGAUGCGUUUUGGUGUUUCGUUGGAUUCAUGGAUAAAGUGAGCACUAAUUUCGAGAUGGAUCAGAAAGGCAUGAAAGCGCAGCUGUGCCAGUUUUACACGUUGUUGUGCACUACGGAACCACAGCUGGCAUACUAUCUGAAUAGACAUGAUUCCGGUAACAUGUUCUUUUGUUUUCGAUGGUUAUUGGUAUUAUUCAAGCGGGAAUUUAGCGCGAUCGAUAUAUUAAAAUUAUGGGAGAUCCUAUGGACCGAUCUACCUUGCAAAAACUUUCAUUUGCUCGUAUGUGCGGCUAUCUUGGACACAGAGAAAAAUAUCUUAAUAGAGAACAAUUACGGAUUUACGGAAAUUUUGAAGCAUAUAAACGACUUGUCACUUCAUAUUGAGCUGCCUUGGACAAUCUCGAAGGCAGAAGGUAUCUAUUAUCAACUCAUGUCCGUGGAGCAUCAAAUUCCCGAUGACAUUCGUGUAAUUAUCGGACUGGAACCACUGCAUAAAUCAUCGUCAACGAAUGGGAGCGAUGACGAAGCGUCCAGUAAUCAUGCUCGAGCUAAUGGUCCUCGUAACAACUCGAGAAGAAACAGCUCAGGCAGCGCUAAUGUUAAAUUAGGAGAGGACGAAGUAUCUUUCGAACGCGGAUUGAAUAUGUCGUAUAUGUGAGGUCAGGACUGGACUUUUAUAAUCAUUCACUAACAGAAAACUGAUUGAGAAUCGGCACGAACGGAGGAUAACAAGAGUCCGUUGCAAUCUUGACAUCUGCAAACAGGAAUAUUAUAUAUUAUCUUAUAGUUUGAAAAUAUAGCUAAUCUUAAUUUUAAACAUAUUAUUGACAAUAAUUUCCGUGUGGCUUUCAACAAAAUUAAUAGCAUUUUCUGCUGGGAAAACUAUCUCUAAAAAUAGUAGAACAAAAACUAAGUGCAAUUUGGUGCAUCACUGUUUUUAAUGCAGCAUUAAACAUUGGAAAUAUAUAAACUAAUUUUUACAAUGGAACAUUAAAAUUGCACUCAGUGUUUCACUACUUUUCCCAGUAGAAAAUUUCUAUAUAAAUACUUCGAGGCGAAAACGAUAGAAAGCACGUUCCUAAACAUACAUCGAUUAGAUUUUUUUUUUAAUUGGAGUAUGAUAGAUGCAAUUUUUUUACUUUAAACAUUGUGAUUAAUUAGUUGUAAUUGAGAUUGAAAUUCUAAACAGUAGAAUGUGAAUGUACUUGAUACGUUUCGAGAAAUAACUAAUGGUAGUGUUGAAUUUUGAGAUAUUUAUAACACUUACUGCAUGUACAGAGACGAACAGGAAGGAACAGAUUAUAAUCGCUGCGCAUGCAAAAGUCGUGCAGAUAUUUUAACGAAACCAGCAAAAACAAACUCGCGACGAUUGUGAUGCACAAUUUCUGCGGACGCGCGAAAACAGAUUAAAGACAACAUCCUCAGACCUCGAUAAGUGUUAUAUACACGUAACUUUUACCUAAGUUACAGUCUCUUUUCUAGAUUUGUAUAAAGCUUCACGAUAUUACUGUACAUUUCUAAUAAAAAUCACCUAUUUAAUCUUUCAUAUA